AUGCUUUUUUCAACAUCGAGAAAAAGAUAUAGUUUUGAAAAAAAAGAAACUAUUAAGGAUAUAGAUUUUUUAUCUUAUAACAGUAUAAUUUUUCCUUCCGAACAAAUUUACGCCAACUCAAAUUUGACGUGUACAAAAUUUCCCCCGAACUUAUAUGAAACAUCACAAAAUAUAAAUUUAAAAAUGAAUAUGUCACACGAAAAUAUAUAUGAUAAUACAGGUAUGAGUUCUGAGGGUUAUGAAAAUCACCCACAAUUUUAUAAUAAUGAUAAUUGUUCACAAUAUCAAGAUGAUCAAUAUAGAAUGAUAGAACGUCCCAACCCAAAUGCUAUGCACCAACCAUUAAUAUGUUUAAAUGGUAAUGAGUAUGUACCUGAAAUGCAAACUGGAAUUGACCCAGGUGUUUUAGCUGUUUCAAAUGCUUUAUUUGCUUAUAACAAUGCUUUCCAAUGUAUACCUAUUAAGACAUCUCCUAAUGUAUUUCGAAGAAGAGUAAAGGGUGAAGCAAACUCAGAAUGGAGUAACGCAUUUAUUACUAGGGUAGAUCCAUGUGAAUGCACUGACUUUGAAGAACAAUUCAAACCAUAUGAAGUUACUAAAUAUUAUGAUGAAGGACAAGUUAAAACCGUUUUUAAUUUUGAUCAAGAAUGCCCUAAAGAUAAUAUGUAA